AUGAGCGCGCCCCGCCAGCCGGUGCCUUGGCCCUGGCUGCGGCGGCGGCGGCGACUGCUGCCGCUGCUGCUGCUGCUGCUGCUGCUGGCUCCCCGCCCCCGCGUCCACGGCGACCCCGUGCCCCCGGUGCCCCCGCCGCCCAGCCCGGAGCCCGAGGCGGAACCCGGGCCGGACCCCCCGUGGUGCCCCUACAAGGUGCUGAGCGAGGGCCAGGAGGCCGGCACCGGCCGCCUGUGCUUCCGCAGCCCGGAGCCCGAUUUCCGCUGCCAGCAGCGCCUGUGCAAGGCGUACCGCUCGGCGGGGCGCACGCUGGUGGCCAACGUGCUCCGCAACAGCAGCGUUCUGCUGCAGUGGCGCCCGCCGCCCGCCGCGCCGGCCCGCGAGCUGCGCGGCUUCGCGCUCAACUGCUCCUGGGACGGCAGCUACACCCGCUUCCAGUGCGACCGCGUGCAGCUCGGCGCCUCUUGUCGCGACUACCUGGUCCCCGACGUGCACGACAGCGUGCGCUACCGCCUGUGCCUGCAGCCGCUGCUGCGCCGGCCGCGGCGGGAGCCCUCCCCCCCGGGCGCCCCGCCGGCCCCGACGCCGCCGCCGCCACCGCCCGCCGAAUGCGUGGAGUUCGCGGCCGAGCCGGCCGGCAUGCGGGAUAUUGUCAUCGCCAUGACGGCCGUCGGGGGCUCCAUCUGCGUCAUGCUGGUGAUCAUCUGCCUACUGGUGGCCUACAUCACGGAGAACCUCAUGCACCCCGCCUUCGGGCGCCCCAGGGGCCGGAGACAGCCCUGAAGGUCUGGCCGCGGGGUCCGGCCGCUGGGGACGGCGAGCCCCGGCCCAGACAGCCUGCUGGGCAGGUGGGCAGAGACUGUGAUUGUCCUUGGCCCCCGAAGUGGGCGGGGAAGGGGAUAUCGGAACCCUCUGCUCUUCCUCGGACUUAGCGCUGAGGGGCCCUCCUCUGGACUGGACUGGGUGAUGUGGGAAGGGGAUUCUCGGAGCUGGGCAGGGAAAGCCUGAGGUCCAGAAAGCAUUCUGGUUUCGGGGAGGGGAGAUGCAUUUGUUUAAACCCAAAUCAGACCCCUCUUCCUUCCCUCUGAUCCCACUAGUCACCCCCACCUGUCUACCCUAUCUCUGACCCUGCAUCCUCCACUCCAGUUCCCAGAACUGGGCCAGUGCUUUGGCAAGUGGAAGGUAGACUGCCCUGGGACCUGGAAGAGGCAAGACCCGCCCUUCCUCCCCGCCCCCAGCCCCGGGUGACACCUGACUGAGGGAUCUGGGGCUGAACUGGGGUUCAGGGAACUUUGGAAAAAAAACAAUCCUUUCCCUGCUGGUCCUUCCUUUCCUAUCAGUGUUCAGUGAUUUUGCCUAAAUUUCAAGCCUGAACUGCAGCUUCCAGGGCUGUAUUUGGGAUCGAAGGGAAUCUGGCCCACAGAUGGAGGGGGGCCCUCAAGGCCUCCCUGGUUUUUUGCCAAGUUAGAGGCCAAAUAAGGAGAUUUCGGUUCCGUUCUAUGUGUGAGUAGGGGGCUCGGGUUCUUAGGCUAGUCAGCACCAGCACACAGCCCUUCAGUCAGUCCUUGAGACUAGACGCGUGUGUUUAUUCCCUCUGAGGCCAUCUCCUCCUCUCCCCUCUCCCUUCACAACUCACAAACACAUUAGAAAUAUCCACUUACGAACUGCUGCAAAUCCCUGCCCAUUUCCAUUUCCCCCUUCUCAAAUAGUGACUUGUCCAAAGUCUCUUUGCAUCACCUCAUCCACACCCUCGAACACGCCGGGCUGGGCAGUACCUCAGGAGGCCCCUUGGUUAGCCUUUGAGAAUCACCGCCCCAAAUUCAUUCAAAUUUUUAAAAUUAAAGUUGUGCCAUUUGUGGGGGAAGAGAAAAAAACCCAUUGCCUAAAGGGUGGGCUCAGGUAGCCCAAUUACAUUUCAUAAGGAAAGGAUUCCCCUCCUGCCUUCUGUGCUAAAUCGAUUGUGGAUCAAUUUUGCCUAGAGAUUUGGAAGGCCUGUUGAGGGACCCUCCCCAAAGUUCACCAUCUUUGAGCCAGGACUGGCUCCCUGCACCUAAAAUUGCUUCCCAGGGAUAAUAAGGAGUAGCUGAGAGGUUGGUCUAGAGUGUGUUCCGGGACUGAGGGCAGAUGCUUUCUCCCCUCCGGUGAACCUUGGGGAGAAGGGUUUUGAGCAGAAAGCUGCCCUGAAACCCACUCAACUGGUUAUUGCUUAUGCCCAUUCUAAAAGAUGAGCCCAAGAGCCAGGGAGCAGGAAGGAGAGGCUCACACCAAGUGCCUGUGUGAACCAACUUCUUGUUUGCUGGGGAGAAAGCAGGCCUGAGGAGUGGGAGGAUGGACCGAAGGGCUUCUUUGGAGGGGAAGAGAUGGGGGACCAGAAGAGGCUUUUUCUAUUUCCUCAUCUGAACCACCAUCUCCAUUGCAGCCUCCUGGAUGAGUCUAGUGACUAAGUCCCCAGCCUAGCCCCUGGGGUACUUCAGGAGGUGAUUCGCCCAGCCUUCACCCAGUCCUCCCUCAUCCACACCCAGCCUGUAGCGAGCUUGGGCUCUUAGCUGCAUCACUCCAAUACCUACUAUCUCGUGCCUUAGGGUGGAAAGUUUACCCCGUGGAGACCCGCCCAUUCGUCCAUGUUAGGAGCUGUGUCCAUCCAUGCUAGGAGCUGUGUUCACCUGUGUUAAGGAGCCAGUUAACCCUGAUGGCCUUUGCUUUGGAGCUGUAGAGUCUGGUUCGAAUCCCUUGCCUGCUACUUGCCGUGUGACUGGGCCAGUCACUUCAUGUUUGGAGGAUUCUGUUCCUUCUCUAUACAUUGAGAAGAAUUGGGGGAGACGUCUCCACCUCUGAGGCUAUAGAUCUAUGAUCUAGCUGGCUUUGGCUUCCUGGGACUGGCAGGUUAUUCUGUGUGUGUGUGUGUGUGUGUGUGUGUGUGUGUGUGUGUGUCUGGUUGCUGCACGUUCCUCCUUUCUCACCUUCUCCCUUUUCCCCAAACAGAUCUUACCUGGUAGGAUUCCCAGUAUUCCCUUGUCCUAUUUCCUCAAACACAUAUUAACUACACUGUGGUCAUCCCUGUUCCGGCUUCUCCCCUCCCCCACCAUUCCAAAAUAUGGUGGUCAGCCUUCUGGGCUAAAGUUCCUCCUGGAUACAUUUUCCCCAGAGGUUUGAGGGCCUGUGGAGAGAGACAGAUGGCUUCAUCCUGUGUAGCUUUGUGUUUUUCCCUUGCUGUGAGGAUCUUGUUACUGGUAUUUCUCAGCGAAGGAUUGGGGCUGGUUGCUAGGGAGGGAGCCCACAGCUCUCCUGGGGCAAGGCCAACUGAUCAUCUGGGCAGUACGGGGUACUUGAGAUCCAGAGAACAGAGAGGAGGAAAAGCUCUGGGGACUCAGGGGAAGAGCCAGUUCCCUCAUCACUACAGCUUAGGAGAAGCUUUAAAUGACUCUACAGCGGUGGCCAGCCGCCACUGGCUGGAUUUAAAGGCUCCAUUCUGAGGUUCAGUUAGCAGGCUGCAAGUGGACGUUGAGACCUCAAACGCUGGGGAUCAGUCCAAGAAGCUACCUGGGCUCUCGAGGGUCAGGAACGUGGGUUAACCAGGGGUGUCCACUUUCCCAACAGUUGCUUCUAGGCCCAAGAGGGACCCAGGAGGCUAUGGGUUUUAGAGAAAUGGAAGGAAAACAUCUGAGAAAGUAAUUCUUUUGUCUUUAGGGAGGCAGUACAUGUGGCAGGGGAGCUAUAGGGAUUCUGACUUCUUCCCCAUAAUCCCUCUGCAUCGUUGAUAACCCUUGGCCCUGGACUCAACUUUGGGGGGAAGUUUUUCACUACUCUCUGCUUCCAAGUGUCUCAUACAACUGCUUGGUAUAAGCAUCAAGGUUCAAGAGGGAUUGGCCACCAGGUCAUAAGUCAUUGUUGACUGGCCUGUCUAAUCUCAUUCCCUCUUUCCUCCAUGGAGACAGAAGGGAGGAAGGCUGAAGACUUCAGCAUCCUCUCCACCUAGAUAUUCACUCCCUAUCUCUUCCUUGCUGACUUGCUCUGCCACCCCAGAAGUGGCUACAUCAUAUAUCUGUGUAAUGUUUGUUACUGGAAAUGAACUUUGUUUUCCUGUCUGGAUCGAUCGAAGGAAAUACUGUUGUGUAAAUAUUGGGGAUGGGGUACUUAUUUAUUAGGGGAUGGCAUAUUUGGGUUGGUUUGGGAAGACAAUUCAGCCCAAGAGAGUUUCACCCCCUUUUCCAUAGCUCCUUCUUAGAUGUUCUGUGCCUCAGCUUCCCCAUCUGUGAAAUGGAACUGCCUGCCCUGCUGGGCUGUUGUUAUUGGGGAGUGUGAACAAGGACAGCUCCUUUUCUCCCCAACCUUGCUCCCACAAGAAGCUAUGCCUGCCCAUCAGUCACCUUGGUAUUGGGGUUUACCCCCACUUUUGCUUUGCACUGUGUCCAUGUGUCCACUGUCUAGUGUCCAUGUGUAACUGCAGCCCUCUGACGGAGGAGUGGUUGGGGGGGGAGAAAAUAUGACUUCUUGGGUGUGGUCUCCCUUCUCUGUGGACAGUGAGGUCUCUGGAGGUUUGCUGGGAGGGGGAGAGGAGGUUAGAGGCCCACCGCUCCCGUCCAUAUUGAGCCAGCCUGCAAAUAAACUCGUGUUCUCAGCUCUGA